AUGUCGGAGCAUAAUCUACGAUGGCUGAACCGAAAUGAACCCCACCUUCUCGAAGAUGGCGUUUCCUUUGGAAUGCCGUGGCCCCAAAGUCUCUACCCUCCCGGUCAGGCCUUUGUGAUUGAAGGUGAAGGAAAUCGGUGGCCGCUUGACUCGCGAGAAAUUGCCUACUGGAGUGAUGGUUCAUUGAGAUGGACUGCACAUUCAGCUAGUGGUGAUAUCGGGUAUAGUGAGAAAUACACGGUCAAGGGAGCGCCACACCAAAAUGAACCCUUGAAAGGAGUGGAGACUGUAUACCAGGGUCCCCAGCUUUUGGUGACCACACAACAAGGACUACGCUUGGAGUUUGCAGCUCCUGGUAGUACAUCCAUGUUGAAAAGUCUCCAAGUUGAUGGAAAAUCACUGUGUUCAAAUGUCACAGUAGUGGCUUCUAUCAACGGUAUAGAAUACGCCACACGAGUCAGUUCAGUGGAUGUUGAAAAUGCCACAUUCAGCAGGGUGGUUGUCAAGGUCGCUGGAGCCGUGGAGCGUGAUAGUGAAUCUCAUCUUCCGUUUGACAUUCGCUUCUAUAUCCACUCCGCCACCCAUACCGUUAAAAUAACUCAUUCGUUCAUCCACGACUUGGACUCAGAUACUCCCUUGACAUCCCUUGGUCUUCGCUUCUUGGUCCCUCUUGGACAAACUGAACUACAUAACCGACAUAUUCGACUGGGAGGUUCAGAUGGAGGCGUUCUCAAAGAAGAGGUCAAAGGCUUGACUGGUCUACGUCAUGGGCCGACUAUUCAGGAUCGGAUAGAUCAAGCAGCUGGACGGCCGGUGACACUGAGUGAAAAAGAGUGGAUUCGAACAGAUCUUUCCAAAGGAGUAUCAUAUAUUCCAUCCUGGGAGUCCUACUCACUUUCUCAGCUUUCCUCAGAUGGGUUCAACAUCAAGAAGCGCUCGAAGCCAGGCUGCUCAUGGGUUAAGGUCACGGGCGGAGGUCGCGCAGAUGGAACCGCCUAUGUUGGGUCAGCCCAGAGUGGAGGAUUGGCAGUUGGGAUGUGUGACUUCUGGGAGCGAUAUCCUACCCAACUGGAUCUAAGCAACCUGACAUCCGACGAGGGAGCCGUGACUCUCUGGCUAUACUCACCCUUAGCGGAGCCUUUGGAAACAGCCCCAUAUCACGAUGGACUGGGCAUGGAUACCUAUGAAAAACAGUUGGAAGGUCUGAAUGUUACCUACGAAGAUUUUGAGCCUGGCUUUGCUUCUGCAAAUGGAAUUGGAAGAACAACCCAAUUCUUCAUAAGACCCUUCACAUCUACACCGUCAAAUGAAGAAUUCAGUGACUUUUCAGCCUUGGUCCGAGACCCUCCUCGUCUUGUCACCACAGCAGAGCAUUUGUAUUCUGCUGGAGCAUUUCACGGGUGCUGGGCUCCUAGUUUCCAGGUUUCAGGUGCCGAGCCAUCUAGCAAGGAGACUGAAAUAGAGAGAAACUUGGAGCUGCUUUUCAAGUUCUACCAAGGUCAAGUUGAGCAGAACCGGUGGUAUGGGUUCUGGGAUCAUGGAGAUGUGCAACACACAUAUGAUGCAUAUCGUCAUGCCUGGCGGUACGACGUUGGUGGGUUUGCUUGGGACAAUUCUGAGCUUUCCACCGAUUUAUGGCUUUGGCUUUACUUCCUCCAUACUGGGAAGGCCGAUGUGUUCAAAAUGGCGGAGGCUAUGACAACGCAUACUGGUGAAGUGGACGUCUACCACGCGGGCCGAUUCAAGGGGUUUGGAACUCGACAUGGUGUUCAGCAUUUCAGUGAUAGCUCAAAGCAACUCCGCAUAUCCAACGUGCUCUACCGACGAAUCUACUUUUAUCUCACUGGAGAUGAACGCACUGGUGACCUUAUCUCUGAGCUACAAGACUGCCAAAAUACCCUGUUGACGUUGGACUCUCAUCGGAAAGUUCAAGAACACGCUGGUAUACCUGAUGGCUUUGCCAUGACAAACAUUGGUCUUGAUUGUGGUCCGCUGGCUGCCGCAUGGCUGACCGCGUGGGAACGAAGAUCACCUGGCUGGAAUCAUUCUAAAGAACUUCUGAUCAAACUCCUUGAUGGAAUUUCUGGUCUUCGGCACGGCAUUGGUAACAAUGCAAUUUUGCUUAAUCCCACCACAGGCGAAGUGCGCGAGUGUCCUCCUCCUACACCAGAAUUGGCAAUCUCUCACUUAUCUAUGCUCUUUGGAUUCCCGGAAAUCUUUACAGAGUUGAUUUACUACAUUCGGAAUGAAUACCCAGAAACAGUGCGAAGAUUUAUGAAAGUCUGGCUGGCGUACUGUCGGGGAUACAAUGGAGGACCAGCUGUUCAGCUUGAAGAGUUUGGUUUUAAAUUCCCAGACCAUGCGACAUGGCGACAAAGCCAUUCCACUCUAACUGCCAUGGCAGCGGUAGAGGGGAGUCGGGAUGAUCUUGCACAUGAGGCUUGGAAUCAAUUUUUCAAUACGGAUGGAUAUAAGGAAUCUCACGAUUGGACUGUCCUUAAGACUUCUCCUCCAACAUACUUCAGUGAAGGCGAGGAGGCUGUCUGGGUUACUACGAAUGAGGUUGCUCGCUAUGGAGUAUCUGCUAUUUCGAAUCUUGCGAGCAUCGGGAAAUAUCUCAAAUAG